CAUUCUCACUUCAGAACAGAAUAUGAAUAAUCCUGAGGAAGUGUCAACAUCAGGAUAUAAAAAUAAAAGUGUCUUACACAUUGACACCGCACUCAUUCCCCAAGUGCCCAGUAGUCAGCAGUCAGAGGAGCUCCGUGGACUUAAUGUGGAUGUCUAUAGCCAUGCAGAAUUUGAACAGAAUGUCUUACAGCAAGUGGAUGAUGCUAUUAUUGAAAGAGAGAGGGAAUUCGAAAUACAACAUGCAGAGAAGGAACUAGAGUCAGUGUUGGAUGAUAUCAGAUUAACAAAACAAGAUCUUUCACAUAUCAAGAAAGUAUUGUCUAAUAUUGCUUCGCAUACUGUGAAUAAGGAAACUCAGAGGAGACUGAUUUCUGUUAAGAAACAGAAAGACAAUAAGCAACGCCAGCUUAAAAAACUCAGAGCCAAACAGAAGAAAUUUUUGGCAAAAAUAAAUGGAACAGUUGUUGACUUGGAAGAAAGCGAUUCAUCUGAUGAAGGAGGUGACAAUGAAAUGUCGGCCUAUAAUAGUUUACUUCGAGGUCCAGGUACAUCAGGAAACUCACAGCAAGAAACAGAACAAGAAAGACUUAUCAGGCUUGGAGAAAUGACUCCAUUUGGAAAUCAAGUGAAAAAGAAAGUGAAAAAAACUGAUGAUCCAUCCAAAAUAAAAAACAGUAAUAAACUAACAGUUCAAAGCAAUGAAAAGAAAAUUAAGAAAAAGCAGAAAAGUUCCUUAGAUACACCAGAAGAGUUUAAAGAUGAAAUUGAUGAUAGACAAGUAGCAUUUUUGGAGAAUCGAAGAAAUAGAAGUCCACUGAAUCUUGAUAAAUUGGAGAAGUCAGAAAAAAGACGGAAAAGGAAAAACAAAGAUUUUAUUCCAAAUUGGGAAAGUGGAAGUGAUGACGAUUGUUAUAGUGAUUACCAUGACGACAAGGAUGAUGAUGAUGAGUACAUUCCAGAUGAAAAAGAAUUAAAAGCUUCUUGGAAGUCUGAAGAUUACAGAAUAAGUAAAACUCUAAAAAAUGGUAAUGCUACCAAGGAACCUUCUCCUAGAAAGAGGAGGAAGAAAGUUGAUGAUGAAGAUGAGGAUUGGGAUGAGGAAGAGGAUGAUGAUGAUGAUGAUGAUUCAGGAUCAGAACUCAUCAAACAGUCCAAGAAUCAAAUGAUGAAGAAAUUGAUAGAUGAUGCAAAUGAAGAUAUGUAUCACAAGAGACUGAAGCGACAAAAGAAAGAGAAAUUGAUGAAGAAAAAAGCUAGAAUUGAUGCAGGUGAAAGUGAGAGUGAUGAAGAUGUUGAUGAUUAUCGGUUUGAGGGUGGUUUGAAGAUACCGGGUCAAGUCUGGUGCAAGCUAUAUAAAUAUCAAAAGACAGGAGUGAAAUGGCUAUGGGAGUUACAUUGCCAGCAGACUGGUGGUAUUGUUGGUGAUGAAAUGGGACUCGGCAAAACUAUUCAAAUCAUAUCAUUCUUGUCCGGUCUAAAAUAUUCUAAAUUACAAAUCAAGGGAGACAAGUACAUUGGUUUAGGUCCAGUACUCAUUGUAUGCCCAACCACAGUCAUGCAUCAGUGGGUCAGAGAAUUCCAUACCUGGUAUCCAGACUUCAGAGUGGCUAUAUUCCAUGAUUCUGGGUCUUAUUCUGGCUCAAAGGCGUCGCUGGUAUACGAUAUUGUGAAAUCACGUGGUGUGCUGGUGACAUCAUAUGCCGCUGUACGAAUACAACAAGACAUGUUGCUGCGAUAUCAAUGGGACUAUGUUAUACUGGAUGAAGGACAUAAAAUCAGAAACCCUGAUGCUGAUGUCACUCAGGCUUGUAAACAGUUCCGUACGCCACAUCGAAUCAUACUCUCAGGUUCUCCAAUGCAGAAUAACUUGCGUGAACUCUGGUCAUUAUUUGAUUUUGUAUUUCCGGGUAAACUUGGCACCCUGCCAGUUUUCAUGCAGGAGUUCUCUGUCCCAAUCACCAUGGGUGGUUACUCUAAUGCAUCUGAUGUUCAGGUACAGACUGCAUAUAAAUGUGCCUGUGUACUUAGAGACACUAUAAAUCCAUACUUACUAAGACGAAUGAAACAAGACGUCAAAGUGAAUCUCAACUUGCCAGAUAAAAAUGAGCAAGUCCUCUUCUGUAGAUUGACACCCGAACAAGUGGACGUAUAUAAGGAGUACAUCGACUCCGGUGAAUGUCACGCAAUAUUAACAGGACGGUAUAAGGUAUUUGCUGGGUUAAUUACUCUACGUAAGAUCUGUAACCACCCUGAUAUAUCCACUGGUGGCCCUAGGGUACUGAAAGGUGACUAUGAGCAUGAUGAUGACAUCCCAGAAGAAAUGCGUUAUGGAUAUUGGAAGAAAUCAGGAAAACUAAUCGUAAUAGAAUCUUUGUUAAAACUGUGGAAGAAACAAGGACAUAGGGUCCUGUUGUUUACACAAAGUAAACAGAUGUUGGAUAUUCUGGAUAGCUUUGUAACAUCAAGAGGAUAUAAUUACAUGAGAAUGGAUGGAUCAACUCCUAUAUCGUCACGGCAACCUGCAGUCAAUAGAUUCAACCAGGAUAAGUCAGUAUUUGUGUUUCUAUUGACAACUCGUGUUGGUGGGUUAGGAGUGAAUCUGAUUGGUGCAGACCGCGUGGUGAUCUAUGACCCCGAUUGGAAUCCUAGUACUGAUAUGCAAGCCAGGGAGAGAGCCUGGAGAAUUGGUCAAAACAAACAGGUGACCAUAUAUCGGUUAUUGACCAGUGGUACAAUUGAAGAGAAAAUCUAUCACAGACAAAUCUUCAAGCAAUUUCUGACUAAUCGGGUGUUGAAAGAUCCAAAACAACGGCGGUUCUUCAAAACUAAUGAUUUACAUGAGCUGUUCACACUCACAUCACAGGAUACCAAGCAAGGAACUGAAACCCAUGCCAUCUUUGCUGGCACUGGGUCAGAUAUCACAAUUAAUUUAAAGAAGUCAAAGAUCAGGAGGUCGCAUAGCAACCAACAACUGUGUGAAGAAAGGAACAAGCAGAGUUCACCAAUACUACAUAGGUCUCUGACAGCUCCUGGAAGCCUGAAAAAAUUGGAUGAGAUUCACACAGCUGAGUUAGGUGAUAAUGACACUUUAAACAGUGCCACCCAAUCCACUGAGGAAAUGCACCAAGAACCCAAAGCUGAAAAAGAUGGUAUAGUUUUAGAAGGUGCAGUGUUGUCAGGUGAUAGCAAGGCUGCAAAUUCUGUGUUGCCAGGUGACAGCGAAUGUGGAAAGACUGUGUUGCCAGCAGACAGUAAACAUAGGCUGAUUAAGAAAGUCUUGAGUAAUGAUGUCACCACUGCCAAACAUCAUAGAAAGGACAUAGAAAGACAACACAGGCAUGGACAUAAGCCUGAUAGACAUUUUGUGUCACCUAAACAUGGCAAAAAGAAAAGGAAACGUAGAAAUGUCUUUGAAGGUAAGAAGAUAGCAUACCUUGAUCAUCAUGAUACUUAUCACCAUGGCAACGAUGAUGAUAAAGAAGAACGGCAUGAUGACUAUGUGCUUGCUAAAUUAUUCAAGAAAUCUGGUGUUCACAGUGCAUUGCAGCAUGAUAACGUCAUAGAGUCUGCAAACCCUGACUUUCUUUUAGUGGAAGGUGAAGCAAACAGAGUGGCUAAGGAAGCUACAAAAGCUUUGAAGCUAUCCAGAAAACGAUGUCGGCAGCUUCCGGUCGGUGUGCCCACAUGGACUGGACAGAGUGGAGCAGCAGGAGCACCAAAGGCAAUCAAGCCAAGAUUUGGUCAGAAGUCAAAUUUCACCUUGGCUGGACUAGGAAAAGGAGGGUCAAACAGCCGAGGAUCUUCAUCAAUCACAGCCGACAAGAAAUCAAAACAAUCUUCAAUGUUUGGAAAGAAGAAACUUUUUAAUGGUGAAGUAUGCGGAACUGUGGAAUCAACGAGUCAAGCUGCUGCCUUGCCAGCAUCUACAGAUCUCUUGACUAAGAUGAGAGAGAGGAACAAUGUUGUUGUAAACAAUGCCAAUGCUGGUGACAAUAGCAGUAGUGAUGAGGACACCAGUGCCAGACCACUGCCAAUCAGGGCAAGGACUGACAGAGAUGAACUAAUAGAAGAUAUAAGAAAUUUCAUAGCUUUUCAGGGCUCUAUUGAUGGGCAAGCCACGACAAAAGAAAUCCUUAAAGAAUUUGAACAUCAGCUGCCAUCAAACGACUCUGCAAUAUUUAAAGCUAUGUUGCAACAAAUAUGUACAUUUUAUCGACAGAACAACGGGAUUGGUCUGUGGAAGUUAAAACCUGAGUUCAGAUAG